AUGCCUAGGAAGGCGCUAUUGCUCAAAUCCCUUUCCAGGGGGAAAGUGCGUGCUUCCUUCAACAAGUACAAUCUGUUCAACCUGUACAAAAAGUCGCAGAUAGACUUGCGGACCAAGACACUAUACCAGCAGAAAUGGAGCUCGAAGCAGGAGACCAGGGCAUACCACGGUGAGCAUCUGACGGAAUCGCGGUGGCAGAGCACCUUCAGCCCGCGGCUGACGUCGGUCGCGCAGCUGGACGCCUCGCUGAAGGGCGGCGACGUUGCGCCGACGCCGAUUCUGAUGCAGACGUACGCUGUGCUGGAGAAGCGGUUGGAAUUCGCGCUGUUCCGUGCGAUGUUUGCGUCGUCCGUGCGGCAGGCGCGGCAGUUUAUCCUGCAUGGCAACGUAUACGUGAACGGGGUGACCAUGAAACACCCCGGCUACCCGCUCAAGGCUGGCGACAUGUUCAGCGUGCGCCCGGAUAAAGUUCUGGAAGCAUUGGGCGCGCGCAAGCCCAGUUUGGAGCAGGCGCUGGCCAUAGACAAGCAGCAGAUCCGCAUGUGGAACAAGUACGUCACCGAGGCGCGCAACAACCCGCGUGAGGCGUGGCAGGGCAAGAUCAAGCAGCUGCAGUCCAUGCAGGCCUCGCACCCGGAGCGCCAGGUAUUUGUGGAGCUGAUCAACCACAACAACAAGCAGCUGGACGAGAAGAAGCUGGCGGUAUUGAAAUCCACGGACAAGGAGUCAUUGCUGUGCAAGGUGCUUGCUGCUGCCCGCGAACACGACGGAGAGAAGAGCAUCAGCGCGGCGACAUUCCGCACCGCUUCGUAUGGCGACGCUGAACUGGCCAAGGCGCUGUUUGAGAUCUACAAGACGUUGGAAAAAUCGGAAGCGCUCAAGAUCCUGCAAGACAAGACCGCCGAGGAGCAGGCCAAGAUCAUCCUGGACAGCGCGGCGCCCGAAGUCAGUGACGCCAUGAAGAAGAAGCUGCGUACUACGACGUCAGAGCUCGGCGCGCUCAUGCAACAGCAUGAUGCAGCCAUAAGGGCGUUCUAUGACGGCAAGAAGGGUGACCCCGCUACGCUGGAGAUGCCAUACGACUCCGAGUGGGUUGAGAGCUUGCGGCUGCAUCCCCAGCUCAAGACGAAGGAGCUACUCGAGGACCCUGCAGCCGCCCAGAAAGCCGUUAACCUCCCUUGGCAAAAGUGGCCCUACGGCCGCCAAAACCCUAACAAGCCCUAUUUCACCCCUUGGAAGCCCAGACCGUUCCUCGCGCCAUUUGCGAUCCUUCCCCACCACAUAGAAGUCUCGUUCAAAGCGUGCCACGCCAUCUAUCUGAGAGAUCCCGUGGCACGGCCGGGCCAUUCGGAGGUGAUCAGUCCAUUCCCGCUUCCGGUGCAUGAACGUGCGUACAUGUACUACCUCAGAAAGGGGCAGUGA